ACGCCAAUGACUAUACUUCAUAUUCCCAUCGUUCAUUCGUUAUCGCACGAAAACACGCAUGGGACCUCGCACUUGAUGAUGCAAUCAAGUCCAUCAGCAUUCAGCCCUCGUUGACAGGCUACAUCUCAAAAGGCAUCGCCCUCUGCGGAACAGGCCACAUCCGAGAUGCCAGGAUAGCAUUCGACGUCGCAUCCAUGUUCACAAACCAAGAUUCAGAAACCAACCAGUUUCUUAUCUUGAUCACGAGGAGGCAAUGUUACUCAUCAAAGAGCUGGCUGCCGCUUGUCCGAAUACCGAUCCUCUCGCGCGUGGUGUGGUGGAAACACAUCUACGCGUUCGGCUGGGAAUCAAAGCCUUGGAUGGCGCGCGUCACGACGAAGCUGCUGACAAUUUCACUGUCGCUGUCGACUCGGGCGCGUUCUCAUCGAAAUACAUUCAUGAACUAUACGAAGACUUGAUUGUGCUCUUUGGCUGGGAUCUUGAGUCUUUGUGUCUCACUGCUCACCAGAAACGUUGCCAGGCAUUCCUUUCGGCAGGUAAACCUGAUGAAGCCCUCGAAGCACACAAAUACAUGAUGGACGCCAUGGACGAAUCUGCAAAGGCCAGCUGCCUUGAUUGGUCUAACGAAUCUAAGGGACAAUGCAGUGUGCUCGCUGAGCAGCAUGACCGUAUUCUUGGUGCGGAGAUCCCAGGGCAAGAGCAAGAUGGCUAUGAUACAGAACCCAAUUUCUUCCACGGAAUGCGUCAACAUUCUCAAAUUUCCCGACCACGACCUGAACAGCGCCAUGGGCGUCUCAAAAGACUCAGGCUCGCUAUGAUGAGAACCCCUCGUUCAGCUCCCCCAUCAGCACCUGUACCUCUACCACCAGUUGCCGCCGCUACCACCUUGAGAACCCACCUACGACACCUAUUUACCCGGCCGCCCCAUCAUGCAACGCCACCCGUCGCCAAUGUCCCUUUUGCUCAGGGUCUGCAGCGUUAUGCUGCAGCGGGUGCUCCUGGGAGUGAUCACUCCUUCAUACGCGAUGAAGAUUAUCAUGGACCUCCUACACCGGACCCCAAUUUACAACAGCAACAGCAACCAGUGGCAGUUCAAGUAGACCCCGGAGAACAUGGAGGCGGCCGGUCGUGUUGUUGCUGCUAGGGCAAUUUGGGCAUGGGAGAUAACUAUGAUUGUUAUCCAACAUAAAGAGGAUGACACAGAGCGGCUCAGCACAUCGAAUACCGAA